AUGAAGAUCAACUUCAGGUUUCCUACCAUCGCCAUCACCCUUCUCGGGACCGGUCUAGCGCAGUCAACCAAUGAGCCCAUUAGGCAGGUUGCGAUCAUUGGGGCCGGUGCUGCGGGCUCGUCCGCUGCGCACUUUCUCCAGCAGUUUGCUGCUGAGGCCGGUGUCCAUGUGAACAUCACGGUCUUUGAGAAGACGGGCCGCAUUGGUGGCCGGACGCGCACCAUUAACCCUUUUGAUGACCCGGCUCAGCGGGUUGAACAGGGCGCAAGCAUCUUCGUCCAGGCCAACCAGAUUCUGUCAAACGCCAUGGCGGAUUUUGAACUCCCGCCCAGUGUUCGAGACGCUGAUGCCGAUCCUGUUCUGGGCAUCUGGGACGGGGACCGCUUCGCCUUCACUAUCGACCAAAGCGCCCCCUCCUGGUGGAACACCCUUAAGCUUGUCUGGCAUUAUGGAGUCACAGCCCCGCAGAGGGCUCAGCAGUUGACGGCCGCGACUAUCACCAAGUUCCUUCGCCUCUACGAGCCACCGUUCUUCCCGUUCUCGUCGCUCACCCAACGCGCCCAGGAGCUUGAGCUGGUUGAGGCGACGGGUGUCACUGGAAAGGAAUACCUCGAGUCCAACAACGUCGGCGCCCAUUAUUCCCAUGAUCUCAUCCAAGCCAGCACGCGAGUCAAUUAUGCCUCCAACCUUGCCAACCUGCAUGGGCUCACCACCAUGGUUUCCUUGGCCGCUGAAGGGGCGAUCGCUGUCCAAGGCGGCAAUUGGCAAAUCUUCCACGAGAUGGUACAGAGGUCGGGAGCCCAAGUACUUCUUGACACAGCCGUUGUUGGUAUCGACAAGACGUCAGGGGGUUCCUCCGGGCAGGCGCAGUACACGGUUCAGACGACAUGCGGAAGCACUCCAGGCAACCCAACCACAUACCCUACCACGUUCGACAACAUCAUCAUGGCAAACCCCUAUCAGUUCAGCGGCAUCUCCAUCGGUGAUGGGGUUCUCGAAACCCCCAUCGAACAGAUCACUUACGUACAACUGCACGUCACAAUCUUUACAUCAUCGUCCCCCUUAAGCCCUCUGUUCUUUGACCUGCCGGAGUCGGAGAAAGUGCCUGGUAUGGUCUUGACCACCCUGGGGUAUGGUGACACCCCGGCAUCUGGUGUCGACGGAGUUGGCAAAGCGGGCUUCUUCAGUAUGAGCAUCCUGGGCAAAGCUACAAACCCGCAGACUCAACAGAAGGAAUACGUCUACAAGAUCUUUUCCCCUGAGGUCAUCACCCCCGAAUUUCUAAGCCGAUUGUUCGGUGCCACAGUUCCCUCGGACUUCACUGGCGAGGGAAGCCUGAUCUCAUGGUACACACCACAUGUGUUCAACUCGUACCCCAAGACAACCCCGAGGGUUACCUUCCAAGAUCCCAUCGUCGGCUCCGGGGUUUACUACACGUCCGGUAUGGAGAGCUUCAUUUCCACCAUGGAGACAAAUGCCUUGAUGGGAAAGAACGUUGCACGCCUGAUUGUCGAUGAGAUGCAGGACAACAGCAUCAUCAAAAGCAGGGAUGGCCUUGCGUGGGAAGAUAGGCAGAGUAUCUUGGGCUAG